AUGUUAAAUUUAUCUAUUUAUGUUGUUGAUAUGUCGGAUCCUCUCUCUCUCUCUCUCUCUCUCUCUCUCUCUCUCUCUUUCGCCUACUCUAUCCCUCCGUUCACUAUCUUUCUCUCUCUCUGUCUUUCUCACUCUCUCUCGUUCAAUCUCUUUCAGACCCCCUCUAUUUCUCUCUCCGUUCACCCUCUCUCAAUUUCUCUACCUCUCUCUGUUCACUCUGUAGCUCUUCGUCUCUUUCUUGAUAUAUCUUUCACUGUAUCUAUCUCAAGUUGUUUCCGGUUGGUUUGUGUGGAAGACUCUCUCUCUCUCUCUCUCUCUCUCUCUCUCUCUCUCUCUCUCUCUCUCUCUCUCUCUCUCUCUCUAUCUAUCUAUUUCAAGUUGUUCGUAUCUCAGGGUGAUUAUCAAUCUAGAUAUUUCAUCGGUUCAUAUCUAUCUAUCUAUCUAUCUAUCUAUCUAUCUAAGAGUGCUUUUAUCUCUUUCAAUGUUUUUUCUAUCAAUCUAUCUCAUUUUAUUUAA